UGUUGUCAGUCUUCAAAAAUGGCUUCACUAGAACAGUUGCCUUCUAGUUUGAUUGAUACAAUUAUUAUUCCAGUCAAAUUAUUUAGAUUUAUUGGACAGGAAUUUUUCGAUGAUGACAAAGCGCGUUUUAAAAAUUAUUGCAAAUUUACCAUAUUUGUUCUGCUGUCUUUUAUAUUUUCUUCUGGCUUUACUUUAUUCUUUAUCAAAAUAAACGAAACAGAUGCUGGCAUUUUGGAGAUUGCUAAUGCCAUACCUUGUUUUCUUCUUGUGAUCCAAAGUUUAUUAAAAUUGUCGUUAUUGCGCAAGAAACAUCGCAUAAGGUGUGUUGUUUAUGAAAUAGCUGAGCUAUGGCCGCGCGAGAUCGAGAACCGCGAAAAGAAAAAGAUCAUGGACUACUGGAUCCACCGCAAUAAGAUCGUAUGCGAAGCGUAUUUCAAGUGUACUAGGGUCGGUUUAAUAAUUUACAAUUCGAUUAAUUUAGUCAUAUACUUCGUCCUUCGAACCCUGGAUAAAAACCCCGACUAUGUUUUCCCGUGUCAACUAUACUAUCCGUUUGAGAUGGACUCGGUGUGGAAAUAUGUGGCGGUAUAUUUGAUGCAAAUAUUAGCAACAACAACAAUCUACGAAUGCAGCUAUGAGUCCUGCGAUAUGUUCCUAUUCACGUUAACGGUCGACGUGUCCAUGCUCUUCCGUCUGCUGCAACACGACCUGGUGAAUAUUAACGUGGACCGAGGACAGGGAGCAGACGAAUCUUUGGAAAACCUUAAAAAUAUCGUUAAGAGACAUCAUAAGCUUUUGAAAUUAGCUGAGGAUUUGGAUGAAAUAUUUGGUGCUAUUAUGUUUAAUGUGUUAAUCUUCUCGUCUUUAAUUAUUUGUUUCUUUGGAUUUCUUGGUAUAGCGAUUGAGGUGAAGUUCCAGCAGUGCAUGUACUUGACGGCUGCGAUAGUGGUCCUGUUUUCCGUCUUUUAUAUUAUGCUGCCGGGGCAGAUUCUAUCAGAUACAAGCAGUGGAGUCGCCAGCGCCGCCUAUCAAACUCUAUGGUACAACAGCGAUCAAAGAUUCAGGAAAAUUAUAGUUAUCAUCAUGUCAAGGUCACAAAAGCCAUGCAAACUGCGAGCAAUGGGAUACGCGGAUGUGAACUUAGAAACAUUUUAUAAGAUCUGCGGGACAACCUGGUCUUAUCUGUCAGUAGUAAAUCAAAUGUACCAAAAAUCACUUUAAAAACUGAAUUUUACGAGUAAUGAUAAAAACUCUUAAU